UGGGGGUCAGUGAGAGCCUGGAGGCUGGGGCAGGACCUGGGGAAGUCACAGGGUCUCAGGGAAGGAAAGGCAGCUCAGGGAGUGGGGGUAGGUCAAAGGAGGGGCCUUAGGGGAGAUGACUGAGGAGGAUGGGGACCCUGGGGGCUGGGAACGUUACUGAGGUGAUGCAGAUAGGGUUUCUCCAUAUGAAGGUCAUGGGGGCUUUGGCAGGAGUGGUUUUGGCAGAGGGUGGGGACCGGCCUGCCCAAAAGAUAUGAAGGAAUAGAUGCAGUGAGGAAGACAGGCUGAGAGUGGAAACUAGGCUUCUAAGGGGAGAGCUGGGAGCUAGAGGGGCAUCUAGGAUGGGGCACUGGGUGUUGGGGGUCCUGGAAGGAGUGGGGGACACAGGGGACAUGGGAGGGGAGAACAAUGCCACAAAGUACCCAAGGAGUAGGAGGGGCAGUCUCUCAUCAGAGUGGGGCCUCCACCACCUCAACUGGGGACCAUGAGGUGGGGCUCGGCAGGGCUGGUGGCUGCAGUGUCCUCACUAAACCUGUGUCCCCAGUCCCUUCCAGGCUAUGGGCAUCAAGACGGCAUUGCCUGCGGCUGAGCUGGGCCUCUACUCCCUGGUGCUGAGUGGGGCCCUGGCUUACGCAGGCCGAGACCUCCUUGAGGCUUCACAAGAUGGGUCCCGCAGGAAGGCCUUCCGGGAGUCUGUGAGGCCUGGCUGGGAGUACAUUGGCCGGAAGAUGGAUGUGGCUGACUUCGAGUGGAUGAUGUGGUUCACAUCUUUCCGCAAUGCCAUCAUCUUCGCCCUCACUGGACACGUGCUGUUUGCUAAACUCUGCACGAUGGUAGCCCCCCAGCUCCGCUCCUGGAUGUAUGCUGUGUAUGGGGUCCUGGCCGUGGUGGGUACGAUGGGCCCUAGGUACAUGCUGCUGUUGCUUGGCCACUGUGUGGGCCUCUAUGUGGUUUCACUCUUGGGCCAGCCCUGGCUCUGUCUCGGCCUUGGCCUGGCCAGCCUUGCCUCCUUCAAGCUGGAUCCUCUCAUCUCCUGGCAGAGCGGGUUUGUAACAGGCACUUUUGAUCUUCAAGAGGUGCUGUUUCAUGGGGGCAGUGGCUUCACGGUGCUGCGCUGCACCAGCUUUGCACUGGAGAGGUGUGCCCACCCUGACCGCCGCUAUUCCCUAGCUGACCUGCUCAAGUACAAUUUCUACCUGCCAUUCUUCUUCUUCGGGCCCAUCAUGACCUUUGACCGCUUCCACGCCCAGGUGAGCCAGGUGGAACCGGUAAGGCCAGAUGGCGAGCUAUGGCGCAUCCGGGCCCAGGCAGGCCUCAGCGUGGUGGCCAUCAUAACCGUGGACGUCUUCUUUCACUUCUUCUACAUCCUCACCAUCCCCAGUGACCUCAGGUUCACCAACCGCCUCCCGGAUGGUGCUCUCGCUGGCCUGGCCUACUCAAACCUGGUGUACGACUGGGUGAAGGCAGCUGUCCUAUUUGGCGUCGUCAACACGGUGGCGCGCCUCGACCACCUGGACCCUCCCAAGCCUCCGAAGUGCAUCACUGCGCUCUACGUCUUCGCAGAAACGCACUUUGACCGUGGCAUCAACGACUGGCUUUGCAAGUACGUGUACAACCACAUUGGUGGGGAGCACUCUGCGGUGAUCCCAGAGCUGGGGGCCACAGUGGCCACAUUUGCCAUCACCACUCUGUGGCUGGGGCCUUGUGAAAUUGUCUACCUGUGGUCAUUCCUUAACUGCUUUGGUCUCAACUUUGAACGCUGGGUGCAGAUGCUGGCAGAGUGGGGGCCCCUAGCACGAAUUGAGGCCUCACUGUCGGAGCAGAUGUCCCGCAGGGUCCGGGCCCUGUUUGGGGCCAUGAACUUCUGGGCCAUCGUCAUGUACAACCUUGUGAGCCUGAACAGCCUCGAGUUCAUGCAGCUGGUUGCCCGGCGCCUGCUGCUCACAGGGUUCCCCCAGACCACGCUGGCCAUCCUGUUUGUCACCUACUGUGGUGUCCAGCUGGUGAAGGAGCGUGAGCGAACCCUGGCACUGGAGGAGGAGAAGCAGGACAAAGAGAAGCCAGAGUAGGUGGGAGGGGGAAGAGGGAAGGGUUCAGCUCAGCUACGCCUGAGACCUGACCAAUAGAAUAAAAGACUUUUCUACCACAGCGUGGCUGUUCCUUUCCCCUUCUCCCAGUGGUCCCAGGUACCUUGUCCAUGCUGGAUAAGGAGCUGGAGGUUCUGGGCCCCAGGGAGGGGAGUCAAGCUCUUGGAGCACACAGAGUCUAGAGUAUAGAGACCACCGACCUUGGCAA